UGGAACCCGCGGCAUCACGAAGUGGGUGUGACGUUGGGUUUGGCGACGGCGAAGCUUCCUCGUCUUCCUCCGUCCGAUUUAAAUACUCGCCUUUGGGAAUUAACAGAAGUCACUCGUUCGCCAUGGCUUUCAUGGCGUAAUUGUCGCCGCCACCGCCGCGAUCCCCGUUCGACAGCCGUGAUCGCUUUCAACCCUACUUGUAUACAUUGCUCGAUAGGCGCCGCGCCGGAGAGGAAGAAGAAGCGGGGAUGGAAUCGGAGGCCUCCUGCUACGACGUGGUGGAGCAAAUCGGGAGAGGCGAUCUCGCCUCCGCCUUCCUCGUCGUCCACAAGACCGACCGGAAGAGGUACGUGAUGAAGCGGAUUCGGUUGGCCGGGACGACGGAGAAGUUCCAACGCACUGCGUACCAGGAGAUGGAUCUGAUCGCGAGCUUGAGCAACCCCUACAUUGUGGAAUACAGAGACGGAUGGGUGGAGAAGGUAAAAUCGAUUCCUCCAUUCAGUUUGGCAUUCAAUUCUGUGGUUUUUUCUUCUUGUUCUUCGCAGGGAAGCUCUGUCUGCAUUGUGACUGGUUAUUGUGAAGGAGGAGACAUGUCAAGCAAAAUAAAGAAGGCGAGGGGCGUGUUCUUCUCUGAGAAGAGGAUCUGCAAAUGGUUCACGCAGUUGCUCUUGGCUGUUGAUUACCUCCAUUCCAACCGAGUACUCCAUCGCGAUCUCAAGUGUUCUAACAUAUUUCUCACCAAGGAUGAUGAUGUUCGACUAGGUGACUUCGGACUCUCACAAUUGCUCAAUGCAGAAGAUCUUGCUUCAACAGUCAUAGGCACUCCAAACUGCAUCUGCCCAGAGAUCUUAGCUGAUAAGCCGUAUGGAUACAAAUCGGAUAUAUGGUCACUUGGUUGCUGCAUGUUUGAGAUAGCAGCCCAUAGUUCAGCCUUUAGAGCCCCUACCAUGCAAGGUUUGGUUAACAAAAUCAAUAGAUCAUCUAUAUCACCAAUGCCUCCCAUAUACUCUUCUUCUCUGAAGAGAUUGAUCAAAUCUAUGUUGAGAAGAAACCCAGAACAUAGACCUACAGCUGCAGAGUUGUUGAGGGAAUCUUAUUUGCAGCAGCAUCUUGCUGCAUCAUGGACUCCUUCACCGUCUCAGUACCUCCCUAUAAAGCCAAACAAGAUCAAUGUGCAAGAGAAACCGGGAAGAAGGAGAAGCCCAAAGAAGCUUGAGGGUGGAGCAAGUGAACUUCAAAAUUCUGAACAACCGACAACUGACAUAAAGAGAAUUGACACUGCAGAAAAAGAAGAGGAGAAGACAAUUGAGAGGGAAUCUGUUAAGGGGCCAAAGGAGAUGAAGCAAGGUGGCUUGGCAGAUGAGAUGGCUGGUGUUGAAGAGACCUCGUCGGUCAGCACAAUCACACAGCCUCAUGGUGAUGGUGAGUGGGAGAUCUUGAAUGUGAUUCAGCAGAGAGCCAAUGCGCUGGAGUCUCUGCUGGAGCUGUGCGCGCAGCUGCUGCAGCAAGAGAAGCUCGAGGAGCUCGCAGGUGUUCUGAGGCCGUUUGGAGAAGAAGCUGUGUCGUCUCGAGAAACAGCCAUCUGGUUGACCAAGAGCCUCAUCAGUGUGCCAAAGUUUGGAUCAAAUCCGAGAAUUCAUUAGCAGUUGCAGCAUUGGACCAAUUCAGUGUGCCUUUUGGGGAUGAAUCUUGUGUGUUGUUGCAUGAAUUGGUGAUUGUUCAAACCUUGUUGUUGCUGACUUUCUAAAACCAUAGAAGUGCAUUUAACAUUCAAAUGGACUAAAAAAAUUCAGCAUGCAUAAGUCAUUAGGAUUGAAAACGAGCAAGCUGAACUAGACUUUGUGUUAUUCAAGCUUAUUUGAUAAGAUAAUUGAAUCAAAUCAAACCAAGUCUAAAAUGGAUUAAGCCGUUGAAACGCUUGUUCAGGUUUAACUUGGUUUCUUUUUUCUGAACA